UGAACGUGAGGCAACGAAAGUUCAGAUCGACGUCUAACCUCGGCCCAUGAUUGGCUGGCUCACAUCGCAAACUUCACGAGCACGGACCAACAGAAGUUCGUGCAAUAUCAAAAUCGGGGAGCACGACAAGAUCCGAAUUCUCCAAAAAGUCCAUCUAAACCGCAACAUUAUUGACACAGAAAGACAAUGGGCCCUGCCGUGGACUCACAUCCGAACGAUUCGUCCGAUUCGGACAGUUCUUCCGGAUCUUUCGUAGACAUCGCCAAGGGCGACUCUCGGAAGCGACGAAAAGUUUCCUCAGGUAGUGAGGAUGCGCCCGCACCGAAAAGAGCGCCGUAUGCGGGCAUUUCAAGAAUAAGGGCGAAAAAUUCCGGAUUGAAACAAAGCCUGCAUCCCGCUCAACCCGACUCCGUGGAUACUGUACUUCAAGGGAAGGGGACCAGCAAUUUCGCCGAGCUCAAUGUGGACCCGUGGCUAGUUGCAUCCCUCGCUGCUAUGCAGAUCAAGAGACCUACUGGCAUUCAGAAAGCUUGUAUACCGGAAAUUCUCAAAGGGCGGGAUUGCAUUGGAGGGAGUAGGACGGGUUCCGGAAAAACGGUGGCUUUUGCAGUACCCAUCCUGCAUAAAUGGGCAGAGGAUCCUUUGGCAAUAUUUGCGGUUGUUUUAACUCCGACGCGCGAACUUGCACUGCAAAUUUAUGAGCAAUUUCUCGCCAUCUCAUCCCCCCAGUCUCUCAAGGCGGUGCUUAUAACCGGAGGCUCGGAUAUGCGAGAACAAGCAAUCGAACUGGCAAAGCGUCCUCAUGUCGUCAUUGCCACCCCAGGUCGUCUAGCCGACCACAUCGAUACCUCUGGAGAAGACACCAUCUGCGGCCUUCGACGAUGCAAGUUCGUUGUCCUCGACGAAGCCGAUCGACUCCUCGCAUCUGGUCCAGGGAGCAUGCUGCCCGAUGUCGAAACAUGCCUCUCUGUUCUCCCGCCUCCGACUUCUCGCCAAACCUGCCUCUUUACCGCGACCGUGACCCCCGAGGUGCGCGCUCUGAAGGACCUUCCACGAUCGGCGUCCAAGCCACCGCUAUUCAUCUGUGAAGUUGACACCGAGGCCCUUGCCAUUCCAUCUACUCUUCGCCAAACCUACCUUCUCUGUCCCGUCACUCACCGAGAAGUCUAUCUGCAUGUUCUGCUUCUAACGCCGCGGAACCUGGAGCGCAGCAUCAUCAUCUUCUGCAAUCGGACAUCCACUGCGACGUUGAUAGAGCACAUGCUUCACAUGCUGGACCAUCGCGUCACGGCAUUGCACAGCGCUCUUCCACAAUCAGAGCGUACGUCAAACCUCGCCAAAUUCCGUGCGAGGACAGCUCGGAUCCUGGUCGCGACGGACGUCGCUGCUAGAGGUUUGGAUAUCCCAGACGUGGCGCUGGUGAUCAACUAUGAUGUCCCUCGCGAUCCCGACGACUAUAUCCAUCGGGUUGGUAGAACGGCUCGUGCGGGCAGGGAAGGUGACAGCGUGACGGUUGUCGGGCAGCGAGAUGUGGAGUUGAUCUUGGCGAUCGAGACGAGGGUUGGGAGGAAGAUGGAUGAGUAUGUGGAGGAAGGAGUUAGCAUUGAAGGAAGGGUGGUGAGAGAUGCUUUGAAGCCUGUGACUGAGAAGAAACGGGAAGCUCUGCUUCAGAUCGAGGAGGGGAAGGAUGUCAUGGGACGGAGGAGCCGGAGGAUGGAGAAGCGGAGAACUUGACGAAUCGUAUUGUAAACUUCCAUUUGGGGUAUAUUUGUUCAAAAUGAACAGGCAUUCAUAAUCAUCCAAAGGGCCUAUUGUCUAUUCCUAGUCCGACACCUGCCAUCCUAUAU